UGGGAGAGCGAAUAUAGUGAAUGCGGGGUCCUGGGAGACCAGAAGUAGUGAAUGCAGGGUCCGGGGAGACCGAAUAUAGUGAAUGCAGGGUCCGGGGAGACCAGAUAUAGUGAAUGCAGGGUCCUGGGAGACCAGAUAUAGUGAAUGCAGGGUCCGGGGAAACCGAAUAUAGUGAAUGCAGGGUCCGGGGAGACCAGAUAUAGUGAAUGCAGGGUCCUGGAAGACCAGAUAUAGUGAAUGUGGGGUCCUGGGAGACCAGAUAUAAUAUAGUGAAUGCGGGGUCCGGGAGACCAGAUAUAGUGAAUGCAGGGCCUGGGAGACCAGAUAUAGUGAAUGCAGGGUCCGGGGAGACCGAAGAUAUGAAUGCAGGAUCCUGGGAGACCAGAUAUAGUGAAUGCAGGGUCCGGGGAGACCGAAUAUAGUGAAUGCAGGGUCCGGGGAGACCGAAUAUAGUGAAUGCAGGGUCCGGGGAGACCGAAUAUAGUGAAUGCAGGGUCCUGGGAGACCAGAUAUAGUGAAUGCAGGGUCCUGGG